UGCCCGCGCGCCCCGCCCCCCGUUGCUAUAAAGGGAAGGCGGGCUGCGAGUUCUCCCAGCUCGGUUGUGCAUUUUGCAUCCUCUCUCGGCGCGUCGUACUGUCGCCUGUCAGACCCUAUCAGCCAGAAUGGUGAAGCAGAUCGACAGCAAGUUUGCUUUUCAGGAAGCCUUGGAUGGUGCAGGAGAUAAACUUGUAGUAGUAGACUUCUCAGCCACGUGGUGUGGGCCUUGCAAAAUGAUCAAGCCUUUCUUCCAUUCCCUCUCUGAAAAGUAUUCCAAUGUGGUGUUCCUUGAAGUAGAUGUGGAUGACUGUCAGGAUGUUGCUUCAGAGUGUGAAGUCAAAUGCAUGCCAACCUUCCAAUUUUUUAAAAAGGGACAAAAGGUCGGUGAAUUUUCUGGAGCUAAUAAGGAAAAACUUGAAGCUACCAUUAAUGAAUUAAUCUAAUCAUAUUUUCUGAAAACUAGCCACCGGCUGUUUAAAACUUGUAAUUUUUUUUUAUUUACGGGAAGAUCAAGUAUGGAGACUAUAUACCCACUGCCAUCUGAUUAUAAGUGACAAUAAAAUAUUAAGUCUACCCUUUUUAAAA